ACACUAAUCACACUCGCUGACAUAAGACACCAGUUCUGCACCUCCCAGAACUGUCAGCACUCCUCCUCCUCCUCCUCCUCCUCUUCCAGAACCGACCAGCAAUGAGCCCGAUUCCUCCUCCUCCUCCUCCUCGUGGCGCAUCGACACUUUUGAGGAGGUUCGCGUUCGGGUCGUCGUCGUCCUGCGCUCGAAGCACAGCCGGAGCUCACAGAAAUCAACCGCGAUUCGCUCGACAUCUUUCGGGAGCUCGAAUUGGAUAAGGCACGGAGAGGAUCGUUUGAUUGAUGUAGGCAGAAUUUCAAGGAGCAGGCAGCGCAGGGCUGGAAAUUCUCAUCGAUCGCGCGGGCGAAGGAGAAUGGGGGCCGCGGGGCGAGAGGCGGUGCCGACCUUCGCAUCCCUGGAGGAUGUGUAUGGGCAGGGAUCGAGCCUGUUGGAGGCGCAGGGAAGGUAUCAGAGGUUGAGGCAGAAAUUCUGUGAGCUCUAUGGGCAGGGCGAGCCAGAGCUGUACUCUCGAGCUCCCGGACGCGUGAAUCUGAUCGGCGAGCACAUCGAUUACGAGGGCUACUCGGUGCUGCCCAUGGCUCUCCUGCACGACACCGUCGUCGCCAUCCGCAGACAGAACGCGAGCGCGAGCGCGAGCGGGCACAUUCCGACGCUCAAUGUCGCCAACACCGACGACGACAAGUUUCCGAGAUGCUCCUUUCCGGCCGACCCGUCGCAGGAUGUGGACCGCGCCAACCACGUCUGGGCGAACUACUUCCUCUGCGGAUACAAGGGCGUGUUCGAGCACCUGCAGGCGAAAGGGCGCGACGUCGGACCGCCGGUGGGGUUCGACGUGCUGGUCGAUGGCGUCGUGCCGAUCGGGGCCGGCGUCUCGAGCUCGUCGGCGCUCGUCUGCUCGUCCGCCAUCGCCGUGAUGGCCGCCCUGGGCCUGAGCUUCUCCAAGCAGGAAGUGUCGGAGUUCGCGUGCGUCUGCGAGCGCCACAUCGGGACUCAGUCCGGCGGCAUGGACCAGGCCAUCUCUCUCAUGGCCGACGCCGGCGUCGCGAAGCUCAUCGACUUCGACCCCAUUCGAGCCAGCGACGUCGCGCUCCCUCCCAAAGGCGCCUUCGUCAUCGCCAACUCCCUCACCGUGUCGACCAAGGCCGUCUCCGCCGCCACCAAGUACAACUGCCGCGUCGUGGAGUGUCGUCUCGCCGCCAUGGUGCUCGCCGUGAAGCUCGGAAUGGCGCACGAGUUAGUUCGCGACGUCCGCACUCUUUCCGACGUCGAGGGCCUGUGCAUGGCUUACGCCGGCGAGCGCGACUCGUCGUCGCCGUUGCUCGCCGUUAAAGCGCACCUGCACGGGGAGCCUUACUCGGCGCAGGAAAUCGAGAGCAUCCUCCGGCUGAGUCUGCCGGAACUGAUGGCGCACUCCCCGAGCUCGCUGGAGGUUCUGGCCGCCGCCGAGAAGUUCCACCUGCACGACCGGGCCGACCACGUGUACUCCGAGGCGCGAAGAGUCUUCGCGUUCCGCGACGCCGUGCAGUCGGGCGACUCCGAGGACGCGACGCUCACGAGGCUCGGGUCUCUGAUGGACGAGAGCCACGCCAGCUGCCGCGACUUGUACGCCUGCAGCUGCGCCGAGCUGGAAGAACUCGUGAAGGUGUGCCGGGCGAACGGAGCGCUGGGCGCGCGGCUGACGGGCGCCGGAUGGGGCGGCUGCGUGGUGGCUCUGGUGGACGCCGGCUCCGUCCCGUCCUUCAUCCAGUCCUUGAAGAGAGACUUCUUCCGGUCGCGGAUCGACAGCGGCGCCAUCCGAGAGCAGGACCUGAACGACUACGUCUUCGCCUCGAAGCCGUCUGGAGGUGCCGCCAUUUUGAAGCUGUAGCCAAUUCCUCAGCCACCGCCUCUCCCACGCUUGCGAUCUCUCCCUCGGCAAGUUCCCUUGUUCUUCAUUGUCUGACUGCCCGCCAUGUCCGAGGAGCACCUGUAAGAAGAAGAGGAACAUUCAUUCAUAGCUUACUGGCUCAUUGACUAGAUUAGACUGGGACCGUAAAUAUCGGUCAAAUGCAACAGCCAAAUGUAGGUCCCAGGACAUUUGGCUGACAUAUGACUUGAGUUCGUCGUCGUUCGGUCGUUCUCCAAAGUUAUCGGAGAUGUAAAAUCCUUCGCGAGAUUCUUCUUAGUUUCGAAAUAUGAAACGGACCUGCAACUCCUCGAAAUGGUUGGAUAUUUUCUACUGACCACUGUUCUCUGUAAUGAAGUUAGAAUAUCAAAUGUGAAAAUAGGUUUCUUAUAUUCAACUG